UCCGAUCUCAAUCCAACCAUUGAACGUUCUGUUCUAUCUGUCUGAACAUCAAACAAUGCAUAACUCUUAUUUGUGUUUCUUUCGUGUUUAUUUGAGUCCUGUGUUUACACACCUUGAGGUAUUGGAUCAAUACAAACAAAGAAUUAAACACACAAAAGAUAUUGAAACAUCAUUAAAGACAAACACUGCAAUAGGUCUUGUGUGCACACUGGUAACCGUCCCUAAGCUCACGCUCAAGACAUGGAGGCCUGUCUAGGAACUGUUAAGUGGGCUCAUGAAGGCGUAGGCUAUAAAUGUGUCCUCAGAUGAUCACUGACCAGUCACAGUUUAGACUCUUCACACAUAGUGGAUUUCAUCUUUGUGGAAUAGAUACAUUGAAGGAUUCGUGCAUACCAGAUUAUGAAUGAUGGCUGGGGCUGUCCACCCAAUUCUCUCAGUUUGUCCCUCACGGGCACUCUUUACCGAGAAGUUCCGGGUGCUGGUGGAGAAUCUGCCUCCUGGUCUCUCAGUCACUUUGCACUCUCUUCACUGCUCUGAGGUGAAGGAUUAUUGGGAGGCAUACGGACACUAUGUCGCUGACAAUAAAGGGACUGUCGAUGUUUCACAAGAGGCUAGUCUGGGGGGAACCUACACAGGAAAGGAGCCGAUGGGUUUACUGUGGAGUAUGAUCCCUGUGCCAGGAUCUAAAGACCAUGCAGUUUUGUUCAAGGUUGACGUGGAGACACCACAGGAGGUGCUCAUCUCGGUGUUUCAGGGCCACCUCUCUGAAGGCUUCAGGCAGAAGCCUCCCCUGGCCUCAGUGGUGGCCGAGAGGUGGUCCAUGGCACCGGGGCUGAAGAUUGUCAGAGUGCGAGAGAAGGAGAUUGAGGGCAUCCUCUACAUCCCUCCGGGUCCUGGACCCUUUCCGGGAGUGCUUGAUGUAUCGGGCUUUAGAGGUGAUGUGACGGCUUGCCGUCCCGCAAUGCUCGCGGCUCAAGGUUUUGUAGCCUUUGGGGUCAACUACAGCCUUCCUGGAAGUGAAUUCACGACGGACUAUUUUCUGAGGGCAUUUGAGUUCCUCCAGGAGCAUCCGCUGGUGAUCAGCAACAGAGUUGGACUCAUUAGCAUGUCUCUGGGUGCAAUCGUGGUUCUCAAUAUGGCAUGCCGUACCGAAGCUAUCAGUCCUCGCUGCUGUGUCUCUAUCAAUGGCAGCCACUUAUUGAUGGAAGAGUCGGUCGAUAAAAUGUUGAAUAAUUUCUUUAAAAUGAAGGAACACACCAUUCGGCGAAAUGAGCAAAAUCAUGUAAUAAUGCGCGGUUUGCCACUACCUAUCCCAAAUGAACCAACUAUAAAUAUGGAAAAUAUAAAUUGUCCAUUGUUGCUGGUUGUUGGGGAAGACGAUCUUAAUUUCCCAUCUACAGAAUGUGCUGAGUUGAUGGCAAAGAGGAUGCACACGGCAGGCAAAGAGCACCUGUUGACCAUACUGAGUUAUCCAGGUGCCGGACACGUCCUCCAUUUGCCCAAUAGCAACCUUAUCCGGAUCUCCCGUUGGCGCUUUUCAUUCUUCGACCAGAACGAAACGAUACUGUGGGGAGGACACCCAAAACCUCAUGCAUUUGCUGAGGAAGACAGUUGGGACAAGAUCUUGGCCUUCCUCAAGCAACAUCUGUACCCUGAUCCUCUAAGUGUCCCCGAUGCAGCGCUGUGAAUGUACGGACAGCCGCCAUGGCAGUGCGUUUGGUGGCAGUGCGUCUGAUCGAGACUAUCAGGUUUUGCUGUGAAUGUGUGAUAUUUCUUCUCCAAAGGUGUCCCAUACAUCUCAGGGAUGGGAUGUGCAAAGUGUUCUUGUGCAGGGUGGGGACUUGCUGGGCAAAGAACCUGAAUGGCAAGUAGUCGUUCCACCUCCCACCCUCGGCCAAUAUACGCUGAGAGGGGAAACAUUGAAAUAGGCAAUGAGUUAAACUAUUUAAAAAGUCCCCAGGGAGACAAUCGAUCGGACAAUAAAUCCAACCAAUGAUUAGAUCUAUGGUGUAAUUUUUAGCUCCACCCCUUUCACAAUCACAAACACAAAUGCUGCAGGGUACUUCACAAACUUCAAAUUAUUCGAUAAUCAUAUCUAGACCAGUCUGUAGCCAAGUAUAAUCUGUAGUUUGGUUUUUUUUUUAUGUAUGCUAUUGUGUGUUGUUAUAUAUAUUUAUUCUGUUAUGUCUGGGUAAUUAUAUAUAUUAUAUUAUGUGUGGGAUUUAAAUGGUCAUCUUAUUGGUGAGGUGAUGUCCCAUAGGUGCAUCCUUUAUAUGUAUUUUAUAUUCUAGUUAAUGGAUUUCUCUGUCCCCUGUCUCAGGUGUGGGGCACCACGGGGGAGUUGUCGAUAAGGGUUGGGGUUUAUUCUGUCUGGGGUGGACAGGGGAGUUAUGUUGAACGCCAUCGGGCAUGGAGCCGACUACUGUGACCUCUGACGUGUUUCUGUAUUAUGAUAUUGUUCUCUUUUUCCUUAAUAAAUGUUCAUCGUGGACUGCGGUUUGGGGUGUUGGUGUUUUGUGUCCUGAUUUCCCGCUCGGCAACAGAGAAACCCGGGUGAC